CUCUUGCCUGCUUGCUCCUUGCCCAACCACCUCUCACUUGGCAUAACAACCGCGUGUGGUCUGCACAGCGCUGUACGUGACCGUUGCUGUGUAUUCGGAUUCUGUACAGCACUGUACCUGUCUAAGUGUGCUGUCGAAGUGUUCCAGUCUAGACUGACUGGGACGCCCUAACGAAUCCUACGAAGUAUGUAGGUGCGACGAAUCCGGGUCUGAGCAACACUCUCACUCUGGAAAGCGGACUCUAUUUUCAGGAAACGAACGUUUUCUUGUUCUGUAAAUCUCCGACGCUGUCUUACCUCGACCUCCGAUGUGCGUCCCUACUACCGUCGGCUCAACGCUCGUUCAAGACUGGGCGCGCUGAAAACGACCUCUCGUUCGAAGCUUGCCGCUGACUGCCACAAGCUAGUCGCAUCACCGCGAACCCGAUUCCCCUUCAUAGCUUUCGUUCCGUCAGUCGUCUCGGAUUUUCUGGAAAGACGUGCUUUUACGAAGCGGCCGUGAGUUUCGACGCAGCAGUCUGUGAAGAUCUGCCGCACGGCGCGCUUUAUUAGCGCUUCUAACGAUAUGGCGCCGCCGUUUCUCGCCGGUAUGAAGAAGCUCGAUACUCUCUACAGCGUGGGCGAGGAGCGCACGGUCGUACUCGCUAUAGACACAUGCAAGUCCUGCCUUACCGCGUUCGACUCCCUCGCCGCCUCCUGCCACAAAACGCAAUCAUUCCUCUCCGCGAAUCCCGCCACUCUUUCCGCGGAUUUCCAGCUCAAACCGACGGACCGCCUCGUGGUCCUAUUCCACCACGCCAACCACACGCCCAUUAGCAUCAUGCCACGUGGCUCGAGUGUCAGAGCGAACGACAGAUCGAGCGAAAGACCGAGUGACCGAUCUGGCGAUAGAUCCGGCGACAGCCAGCCGGAAAAGAGACCCGACGGAGCGACGCCGUCGCCGUCGCCGUCAACUCCGCGGUCGAUUCUGUCGGCGCUGCUCAGCCCCAUGGCGGGCGGCGGAGCGAGCAAGCUCCGAUGGGGCUCCGCCGCGCCCAGCGGCGACGAUGGCGGCGAGGCGAGCACGCCGCCCAAGCUGAGCCUGCCCCGCCACGCCAUGUGGCGGCCGCAGCUGGACCCGUCGAACGUGGUGCGGCAGAUGGAGGAGGCGGGGCGGGCGGACGCGGCGCCGGUGGUGGUGAUGGCGCUGAUGGAGGCGCGCGAGGUGAAGCGGAAGCUGGCGGAGAGGGGCGCGUGGGACAGGCGCACCAAGAGGGCUGUCCUGCGCAUGGCGGCCACUGCUAGGGCGUGCAAGAUUCGGUUUGAAGCUAUCGACCUGUCAGACAUUGCAGGAGAGGGGGACGGCAGCAGAAAGGGAGAAGUCAUUGCCGCUCCACCCACCCACUCGCGCCCUUUGGGAUCUCCAAAGAAGGCUCAGGGAAAACCACCACCCUUGUCGUACACACUGCCUUGGGAAGCCAAAGCAGAUGCGGUGACCCGGUUCUGCCAGCACAUCAAUGCUGAGCUGCUGCUGCUGCCCUCCUCCCACGCCUGCAAAGCUCUCAACUUCUCUGGGAAAUUCGCCUGCAACAACUUCACGAUUCGCUGCGCUCGAAAUGCGUCCUGCCGGGUGAUUAGGCUUGGAGCUGAUCGAGGUGGUGAUGGGAAGCGUGGGAAAGCUGGGAGGUGUAUGGGGAAUGGGUUGGUAGAUGACAAGCAGGUGCCUAGAAGUGCCACUGUGGAUGAUAUGUUGUAACAUUACCCUGGAUGCAUUGUGUUGUACAGGUAUGCCUAGAAGUUAUUGUACACUUCUCCGGCCCUUGGAGCAAAGAGGAAACCCGCAGUGGAGAGGGUGGAGUGAGGAGGAGGGGUUGCAACACAGCCAGCCACAACGAGAGAGCAGUGGGAAAAAAGUUCCAACAUCUGGGCUUUGAUGUCAGGAGUGGGAUUUGAACCCACGCCCUUUCGGACCAGUACCUGAAACUGGCGCCUUAGACCAACUCGGCCAUCCUGACACAUUUACAACGCAAAUAACA